AUGACUUGCUUUGUAACAGUUGGAACUACAUUAUUCGAAGACUUGAUAAACAAAGUUUUGUCGGAGGAAAGCCUGCGCAAUUUGAAAAAGAUCGGCGUUAAAAAAAUUCGUCUUCAAAUUGGAAAAGGAAAUUUUGAGAAUGAAGUUGUUCAUCGUGUUUUCAAAGGAGUCACAUCAGAUGAAGGAUAUACAAACGUUGAAGGUCUCGAAAUCGAUUAUUACCGCUUCAAACCAUCAAUUAGUGAAGAUAUGGCUGAAGCAUUUAUUGUAAUCGGACAUGCUGGUGCUGGCACCUGCCUAGAAGUUUUGGCCCUUCACCUUCCGUUCAUAACAGUCACCAAUGACAAACUGAUGGAUAAUCAUCAAGCUGAGCUUGCUGUCAUGCUAUCCGAUGAAGGAUAUCUUCUUCACUGCACACCUUCAACUCUUGCUGAAACCAUUGUCAAAGAAGAUCUCUUCUCUCUUCGUCAAUUCAGUGCUCCUUCAAAAAAAUUUGUCGCAGAGCAUAUCAAACAACUAGUCGGAAUCAAAAACGUAUAG